UUACAGUGACACAAAACGGCAAGGUAAAAACGAGGGAAAGGAUACCUUUUGUUUUGGCAAUGUAGGUUAUGUUUUACACAUCUCCUCGGUAGAAUAUAUAUUUUUUCUACUAUAUUGCCAAAUACGACACCUAUAUUUUGAAAAAAUGAGUUUCCAAGAGACCAAAAAUGAGCCAAGGCAGGAUUGGCAGCAAACAUCAACAGGAGUUGGUCACCAUCACAGACCAGGAUAUUAUUUCCCGAAUUCUGAUUUUAAGGCAUUGAUCUAUGAUCCUGUCCCUCCACCAUUGGCUAGGCAGGAUGAAAUCACGAGAGAUCAGCACUUCAAAACAACAUACGGUGAUUUCCACGACACCAAAUAUGGUAAAGGUGUCUAUGGAAAUCCUAUCCACCAGAAGGCACCUGGACACUGGAAAGUGAACUAUGUCAAGGAUCUUGCAGAAAAACUUGAUAAGGGAGGAUGGAGAAAACCCCUCACAAUGGGAAACCAGUUAACAGAGACCAAAGAGGAGUUCUCCAACAAGGCAGGUGUGAGACAGAGGUAUCACUUUCAGGACACCGCUGGUCUAAAUUUACCUCAACCAUACAAUCUGAAUGAUCAUCACAAGGAGGGCCCAUCUAAAUAUGGACAAGGAACAACUCAGAAUCCAAAACUUCAAGGUCAACCUUUCUAUGUUAGAGACAAAGGAGUAUUAAACUUACUAGACCCUUACUUGUCCACAACUCAUAAAGACCACAGGUCCUUUAAACCCAAUGAACUUAAAAAAUACCCCAAAAAGGAUGUGGCCACAUACUGGGAAUGUGAGGAGUACCCUAAAGCAUGGGGCCAUGGGCUCAAACACAAUCCUGUUCCAAAAGACAAUGUACCACGAGAAAAACUACCUAUGGUGGACCCCACAUGGUUCAAAACCCGCACCACCAUACCGAGGCAGCCCAAAGCCCUGCUGCCAGUUCCCCAUGGGGGCCUCAAGUCCCUGUAUGCUGAAUCAUUCCAGCAGCCCACAGAUGUCAAGGCCAAGGAGAAUUAUUACUGUGCUGUGGAUACACCUUUUGUCCUUCCUGAACCUGGAUCCAAGUCUGUGAUGACAGCCCCAAAGAUGUACAACACUGAAUAUCAGCAUGUGGGAAGCAAUAAGCCAGUCAUGGUUUGAAGAGAGACCAUUAAAACAACAAACAGUUAAAUAAAAAAUUUAUGUUUAGACUGCUUACCAAUGUUUGCUACAUAAACUGAUUUUACAUCUCAAUUUAUCUCAUUCAUUGGAAUACCAACUUUCACAAAGUUUUUUUUAAAAUUCUGAAUUGUACAAUACAUACAGUAUAUUUAUGAAAGAAACCAUGUUUCUUACCUAUUGACUAGGUUAUAAAUUAAAUUGUUAAGAAGAAUAUGGAAAUGGGUGGAGUUUAUUUUGUUAGCAUAUUUGUUUAUCUUCAUCUCAAAUUUUAUUAUUGUUUUAUAAUGCAUGUUACUGUCUUUAAGGAAUUUUUCCUUUUGAUGUUCUUUAUGUUGAUUUUAACAACUGUGAUAUUUUAUUUAAGAAUAAUUAAGAUUUUCACUAUGCUUUAUAAAUUGUGUAUAUUCAUGCAGUUUAUAGGCUGACAACCAAGAUAAAUAUAUGAAUUUUUAUAAAUGAUAAAUAUUGCACUUUGUUCUUGAUGGAAUAUUAGAAGAAAUUGUGAUAUAAUGUGUCCAAAAAUAAAUGGAUAUAUUCUAUAA